UAGCUAAGGCAAAGCCUUGUUCUCUCUCUGUUAACUGCUCAAAGUUCAUCAAACUAAGAUGGAAGAUUCUUCACAAAGGUAUGCAGUUGUGACUGGAGCAAACAAAGGAAUUGGAUUGGAGGUAGUAAGGCAAUUGGCUUCAAAUGGAGUGAAGGUUGUGUUGACUUCAAGAGAUGAGAAGAGAGGCCUUCAUGCUUUGGAAACCCUCAAAGAUCUCUCUGAUUUUGUGUUCUUUCACCAGCUUGAUGUUGCUGAUCCUGCAAGUGUUGCUUCUCUUGCAGAUUUCAUCAAAUCCAAAUUUGGCAAACUUGAUAUUCUGGUUAACAAUGCAGGGGUUAGUGGAGUUGUGAUUAAAGACACUGAUUUACUCCCUUCAUUAAUACUGAAAGGCGAGGAAUUAUCUGACGAUGAAAUAGAAAAGGCAAGGAGUCAAACAUAUGAAUUAGCACAAGAUUGCUUGCAAAUAAAUUAUUAUGGUGCUAAAAGAACAUCCGAAUCUCUUCUUUCCCUUCUUCAGUUAUCUGAUUCACCAAGAAUAGUGAAUGUAUCAUCUUUUUUGGGACAGUUAAAGUGUGUAUUAAAUGAAUGGGCUAAAGGGGUGUUCAAUGACGCUGAUAACCUUACAGAAGAGAAAAUAGAUAUGGUAUUGAAUGAGUUUCUAGAAGAUUUCAAAGAAGGGAGAUUAGAAAGCAAAGGAUGGCCUAAGGCUAUUAGUGCUUACGUUCUCUCCAAAGCUGCUUUGAAUGCAUAUACAAGAAUUCUUGCUAAGAAGUUCCCUACAUUUUGCAUCAAUAGUGUGUGUCCUGGUUAUGUUAAAACUGAUAUGACUUCAAAUACUGGCUUCAUAACUGUGGAAGAAGGUGCUGCUAGUCCUGUCAGGUUGGCACUACUUCCAAAUGGUAGUCCUUCUGGCUUCUUUUAUGAUCGGAGUCAAAUCUCUUUCUAUUAAUUAUUCAAGGUAUUAUGGACUUUUAAUUUUAUGUCUUUGGAUUAAUAAUAUAUUGAUACAAAUAAGAAAGAAUAGAGGGAAUGUAAUAUUAUAUAUGCAUUGGUGUAAUAACUUAUGCUUGUGUGA